CGCAGCAUCUGCAAACCGCGAGCAGCCCAACGGCCAUGGCUUCCGUCCGGAGCUUCCGCAAACCGACCACCCUCGACGGUCGUCUUCUCCGCCCAGCAGCCGCCUCGAACCGGCCGCCGGACGUCGCGAAGCAGCUCGCCCCUCCGGCCCGCGGUCUUGAUCUCUUCGCUGCCGCUGCCGCUCGCGCUCGCGCUCACUUCGCUGCCGCGGUAUUCGGAGGCCAGGGAGAGGCGCAACCGGAAGGCCAUCCCUCUCGAGGAAUACUCCACGACCCCUAAUGGAGUGAAAUACUAUGAUAUCAUUGAGGGAAAGGGUCCAGUAGCUACAAAAGGAUCGACAGUCCAGGUGCAUUUUGACUGUAUUUAUCGUGGUAUUACUGCUGUAUCAAGUCGAGAAUCUAAGCUUUUAGCUGGAAAUCGCAUCAUUGCUCAGCCAUAUGAAUUCAAGGUAGGAUCUCCUCCAGGAAAGGAACGCAAGCGUGGAUCUGUAGAUAAUCCAAAUGGAUUAUUUUCAGCACAGGCAGCUCCCAAGCCGCCACCUGCUAUGUACCCGAUAACAGAAGGGAUGAAAGUGGGUGGAAAGAGAACAGUGAUCGUUCCUCCAGAGGCUGGCUACGGUCAGAAGGGAAUGGCUGAGAUACCGCCAGGAGCCACCUUUGAACUGAAUAUCGAGCUUCUGCAAGUAGAACAGCCUGAAGGAAACCAGACUUAGAAUUGGGUGAGCAGGACCAUGAGGAGAUGGAGUUGAUAUAAUGCUGAAAUUUUGUCUCCUUUUCUUCUAACAGAAGGCAGAUGAGUCAGCUGAGGGAUCCCUAUGGGCAGAGCGAUUAGUCAGAUUGAAAUCGUGACUCUCCAGUUUCUACAUAUGCUCUGUACCAAAAAAGCCCCUGCACAUUUUGUAUGUAUCUACCAGGAUUUUGGAAUUCAACGAAACACCUUCUUCAUCUUCUUCAUCUUCUUAUAUUCUUGCUUCUAAUGCUGCAGAAUUCACUGAUAUUGUCUGUACUGUAUAAAUGAGACUGUUGACCGCA